AUGUCUGAGCUGUGGAAGAUAAACCGGAUCCUCAAUGAGCUUAUGACGAAACCGUCGAGUUCCCGAACCAGACUUGACGCCAGCACGGCUCUUUCGUACGCGGCGGCGCUCAAACCGAACAUCUUGAACUCGGAGGAUCAGGAUAAGGUCAACUCCAUCUCGGUGCUAGCGAAGCUCUUGCAAUGUACGCCGGGCGCUGGGCCUUUGGACUUUUCGUCGAUUUUCGACGAAGAGCUCUUUCUGAUGCUCCUCGAGACUGCCAGGAAGACGAACUCGCCUGACUUGUAUAGAGCCAUUCUUUCCAUCUGUCUGACUUCGAUCACUGGCUCUAUUUACCCUGCUCAGGCCAACGAGUCGUCUAUUGAUGUUCAUCUUCCGCUUUAUAAAGCGCUUGUCACGCAUUUGGACGCUAUUGACAUGAUCACAGCGAAGUUGUACGCUGCUGACUUGAAGACGUUGCUUUACUCGGUGCAUUUGGUCACAGGCUUGAUCAAAAGGGCCUUGAAGUUCAAGUACGAUAAGAUUAUCACCUUGACGGGACGUUUGAAGCAUGUUAAGUUCUUUGCCACUGUGGCUAACCUGAGCGAGUCCUCGGAUCAGAUCCUUCAGGAAGCCAUUGCCCAGCUUGAGUACUACUACUUCUACUUGAACGAGUACCUUUCGAACACCAUGUUUGAUCUUUCGCUUGAAUCGCAUAAUGUCAUGAUGAGAAACCUUUUUGAGUUCUUGGACGUUUCGCUUAACGAGUUUGGCACUCCUGCGCUGACUGCCGAGUACGUCAAGGCCGGCUUCACCGCUGACCCUCAGAAGUUUGUGGCUGAUAACUUCAGUAUCUUGUUGGCCAUGGACUUGAAGAUUUUCUUGAAAGACCCAAACAUGACGUUUAAGAAGCGCUUCCACGAAGAAUUGAUCAUGAGUGACCAUAACAGAACAUUCCCUUUGUACCACUUCAUUUCUGAGUGUACUAAGCUCUGGAUCGAUGUGUUCCAUGACAAAAAGAGAUACCCCCGUCUUAAUGUUCAUAUUCUUUCCUGGGAGCUCAUGAUCUAUUUUUCCAUGUACAAUUGUUUGCUUUUAUGGCAGGACACUAAGGCACAGCUUGAAAACACCGAAGAUAUGAGCGGAAUCGUCAAGCUCCUUCAAGCAAACGUCAAAUACUUGGAAGAAAGCCUUGGCCAGGACGUCUCCAUCGAAGACGCCUUGGAAGUUUUCACAAAACGUACGUCUGAGCAGAUUAGACACUACCAGAUCCUAGAAAUGAAGAAACAGCAUCACUCCAAAUGGGCUCCAUACUUCCUGGAAUUCGAUAGCACUUUGCAAAGAGAAGUAAUGGAUUUUGUUUGUGAGCAAAGAGUCAUGCAGCUUUUGAAAGGUUCCUGGGUGCUUACAGAGGCCCAUGCUGAACGCCUCAAGAACAAAACGAGUACCUCUGUCGACAACAGCUACUAUUUCCUCAUGCUCAGUCCGAAUAGAAAAGCCAUCUUAUACAAGUACUUUGCUGAGAAACCUACGUUGAAACCAUCGUUGGAGGAAAUGGAAGCUCUGUAUGUCGAAUUGAAGGAUAUCGCUCAUUACUCGUCGGUGAAGAUUGGUCAAUCCUUGGGAGAAGAGGAUAAAGCUAAGCAUGGCCGGUUGAUUUCUGUGAAGGGUUCCAUCUGCUACGAAAGACUCACGCUUCUUAACAAAGCCGAUAAGCCAUUACUUACAUUCUUCACAGAUUCUGAAAUGAAGAAGGCUGUCUGGCUAGAUGGACUCAAGAUGUUGAAGGGAUCUUUAGGCUUUAACGAGCUUUCUAAAGAGACUACAUCACAAUUGGCAUCCCUCAAGGACAUUAGGAAAAAUACUCAACUUUUGGUUCUCGAGGGCAAGGCUUUCGCCAAUGUGGAGUUUGACGGUGAGAGUGACGACGAGUUCUAUGACCUUUCCGAAUUGAAUAGAGCGUCCGAAGGCUUCUACUAUGUCUAG